UUAUCUUGACACGAACGAGAACAAUAAUAAUACGCCACCUGACCCGUUUCAUUUAGUUGAGGAGUUAAAGGAUAAUGUUAAUGAUUUUAUUCCGGUAAAUUGAAUCGAAAAGGUGCUGGUGUGACAAUUUUUGAGCAAACGGGAGAGUACCAAUUAACAACAAUGCAGAUUAUAUCUUAUUUUGUUAUGUCAGUAUUUUUAACAACCGUUUCAGCAUCGAGAAUAAAGUUGUCGGCGUUCCGUCCACAAUAUCAAAAGUCUUCGUCACGAUUAGAAGUCCGCAAACGUGCCAGUGUUGUCGACAAGGCAAACAUCGCAAUUCAUCGGGUUGAAUCAUAUCUUAAUGAACAUGACCCACUUGUUACAGAAGAGGUGACAGGGUUGUUUAAUAUGUUUGACAUCGCAUACCUAACGACGUACGGAUUGUCAGACUUUACUGCAGAUUUUGCCGUGGACAACACAGGAUUUAUUAGGGGAAUGUUUUCGUUCGAUCUUAUAAACAUGCACGGGUCAAAUCUGACAGCCAAAAUGGAUGACCAUCCUUAUCUACACAUGAGCUCAAUGAAUAUCGAAUUAGAAGGCUUAACACUAAAAGUAACUGGAUACUUCGAUGGGUAUAGUAAGAAAUUCACUCAGCUUUCUGUUUCACCACAAAUAGAAAAUUUGGCUGGAAACUUUACGGUGGAUAUUCGAAGUAUUUUAACAUUGCAAGAUUUCAACGACGUAAGCGAAAAAGAUCAGCGGGAAUAUGGCAAAUUUUUGAUGGAUGCCCUCAAUAUUAUCUCUUUGGCAGAGUAUAUGUAGCGAUACUAUGUAUUAAUCACUUAAAUCAAUCAUUUAAAUUGUUAUUCAAUUAUAUUUAAAAGGUUUGUAGUUGAAAUAAACCGUAACAAAUUA